GCUAGGGUUUAGGCAAAGGCAGAAUACAAAAACAAUCUCUCCUCCGUAUUUUGUAGGGAGUCACCAGGAGCCAUGUCUGGAGCCGCAGCUAGAUCCGCAGCUCGAUCCAUUUUCCAAGCCGCCGCUUCUCGUGGCGGCGCGGCUAGGUUCGCUUCAAGCGCCAAAGCUUCCCGCUCUCCAUUUCGCACGUCCACCAGAACGCCUCUCGCCAAUCGUCUCUUCAGCUGUCCUUGUGAAUUGAGUUCGAUGCAGCCGUUCCACACUGCCACUGCUUCCGCUUUGAUGACUUCGAUGCUCACGCUCUCGCGGCGUGGUUACGGUUGGCUUCCUGAAGAUCUCUAAGAAUUCAGUCAGUUUCCAUUCUUUUCGCCCACUUUUAACGAAGUUCAACGUGCUUUAAUCUUCCCUGUUGUAGGCAUUGACAAGACUAGAUGAAGUUCGAGAUGCAACUUUGGAAUAAAAUAAAUUUGUGAUUUUUUGAAGUUUUUUUAUACCCUAGAUUGCUGUUUAAAUUGAAUUCUAUUCAAGUUCAGUAUUAAAGCACAUGUUUGAUGACAAAAGCACAGUCAUCUUUUAUAGAUCUUGUUCAAGUAUAUGUUAAGAUAUACAUGAUUAUGUAGCCUUCUCUAUCGAAUAGCUUUAAAUGGUUUAUUGUUUGUAUGAACCUUUCAAUAUCUCUGCACUUUUUCUGAA